CUUCUUUUUUUCCGGGGGGAGGAGCUGGAUGCCGAGGAGCAGAUCUCAGCAUCACUUCUUCUAUUUGCUGACUCGGCUGAUUUUUUUUUUAAAGGGGGGGUUGCUGCACUGCGGCACUUUGAUGCUUUUUUUUUUUGGACAAACUUCUUCUGUUUUUGGAGGGCUGUUUACUCCGUGUGACUCUUUACUUUCGUUGCUUUUUUGCUUCAUCGUAAAGACUUCGGUAGCUGCCGGUACCUCCUCCACCUCCUCCUCCGCUGAGUCAGCACAAACAGCUGCAUAGAACAUGUCCGCCCCAGACGCCGCAGCACCCGGGGCUCCGGGAGCCCCCGGUGCAGACGGAGCCCCAGGAGGCGCGCCCCCCGCACCUCCCAACACCUCCAGCAACCGCAGGCUACAGCAGACGCAGGCCCAAGUUGAGGAGGUGGUGGACAUCAUGAGGGUGAACGUGGACAAGGUUCUGGAAAGGGACCAAAAGCUCUCGGAACUGGAUGACCGAGCGGACGCCCUCCAAGCCGGAGCGUCGCAGUUCGAAAGCUGCGCGGCCAAGCUCAAGAACAAGUACUGGUGGAAGAACUGCAAGAUGAUGAUCAUGAUGGGCAUCAUUGGCGUCAUCGUGGUGGGAAUAAUAUUCUUGUACUUCUUCUACUGAGCGUCGCCUGUCACGAAGGAUGAAUAUGGACUUGAGAAUGCGGAUGCGAUGGAUGAGAGGCAAGAGCGUCCAAAAAAAAAAAAAAAAAAAGCAAUCUGCAAUCCUCCCCUUUUCACCAUCCUGUCUUCACACAUCCUGGCAGCUUACACUUGUCUCUGCUGCUUUUUUUUUUUUUCUUCAUCCCUUGCCUUGGUCGCCGUG